GCAGGCUUGAUGCCCUGCGCAUCACUCUACCGGCUUCAGAAGACGUUGAAACAUAGUGCACUACUUGUGGCAUCAUUCAAAUACUAAAACCAUGGCAAAGUUCUGGGUUUCUCUGCUGCUUGCCGCACUCGUGAUUGUGGCCAUUGCGUCAGUGCAAGCGGAUCACGAAGAUGGAACGGAGCACGGAGGUGAAUCGCAUGGACACGGUGCACACGGCGAAGGGCAUGGCGAUGGGCACGGACACCACCAUCAUGGAAAGGGUUGUGGCAAGCACAAGCACGGUGAAGGAUUCGGCAGUUCACAUCACGGAGAGCAUAGCAAGCACAAGCACGGCGAAGGAUUCGGCAGUUCACAUCACGGAGAGCACAGCCAGGACCACGAUCACAAUCACGAGCACAACCAUGACAACUCUGGACAUUAGCAUCAUCACCGAACGUGUGGACCGUGCACAAUGUUGUUUGCUUAAAUUGUAUAGCCUUUUAACCAACAUGUAUGAUUUGCGUUGCAAAGCAUUUCUUUAAGAAACGAGUGCAUUUAUUGACUAUAA